AUGGCUCCCAGUAACACUCUUAUGAUCCAUAUGGAGGAGAAACUGCUGCCAAAAGAAAAGAAUAAACUGAGGAAGCCGGUGGUGGAGAAAAUGCGCCGUGACCGGAUUAACAGCAGCAUCGAGCAGCUGAAACUGCUCCUGGAGAAGGAGUUUCAGAGACACCAGCCCAACUCCAAGCUGGAGAAAGCCGACAUCCUGGAAGUGGCUGUCAGCUACCUGAAGCAGCAGAGCCAGCUGCAGGACCAAACAUUCAUCCAUAAGAAUCUAGAGCAGGACUUUAACAGUGGAUACCUGCGGUGCCUCAAGGAAGCGAUGCAUUUUCUGUCCUACUAUGAACCCAAGGAGGAAACUCAGGUGCAGCUAAUCAAGCAUUUCUGCAAAGCUCAGAUGAGCGCAGAUGCCACGUACGCUCCUGCUCUGCGUAGUUCACCUCUGUCACCCUGUCUGUUUGCCAGAAAGCAACCUGCCCAGAAGACUGUGGCUACUGCUCCUACCAUCUGGAGACCCUGGUAGACCUGCCGAACUCUGCAUUAUUCCUAUGUUUUGCUACCAAAACUAGAGGGACCUGCGAUUUAAUGGUUCCUCUUUAAAGUAGGAAACAUUGCUUUCCAAAGGUGGGGGGUGGGGGCAGUUAUUGUUUUUCUGUCACAAGAAAUGAGGGUCGCUGGGUAGUUUCCCUUCAUAGUGAAGGGCCGUAUUUGUAUCUUGCAGCGGAUUUGCUGCUUUUAUUGGUGGCUCCUAGCCAAAGAGAGGACCAAGUUCUGCGGUGAUUUAGAGAGCCAAAAGCCCUUCAGUUUCCAUCACACUUUUGCUUGGCAAGGCUGUUGAAUCUGUGGCUGUCAGUGGAAAUCUUUCUGCUAACUCCCUGGGUCACUGGUUCAAGUGCUCCAUUAUCUCUAGAUAAUGUAUCGACCUUCCUAAAGAAGGAGCACUUUGAGGAAUGUAUUUUGUAUCAUAAAGAGAGUAUUGAGCCUUUACCUUUCGAGUGAAAGAUGUUAUUAAGAAAUGCUGAUUCUUCUGAAGUUCCUAUGCUAUUUUUAGUAUACCUUCUUACAGAAAGUUAUGAUGAUAACAGAUAUCUCUAGGGAAAAUUCUUUUAAUGUCAGUAUGUGCUACUCUCAGUUGAGGGAUAAUUGAUGCCUUUUGUAAAGGAAGUACCUGUGAUAUACCUUAAGGAAAAGAGGGAGGAAGGGAGGCAAGAAGUACUUUAUAAUCAUUCACUGAACAUGCUGAAGAGCUUAAAAAGCUUUUAUAAAGUUGUGAUGUAUUCAUCCUGUGUGAUGUUCAACUUUGGUGUCUUCACUGUACAAUACAAUAAAAAUGGUUUUAGUCAU